UCUGCUAGGCCCGCAGCCAAACAGACUCAAUUUGCACGCCACAUCCAGCAGUUCCAGCUACGCAGUUAGAAGAGAGAAAAGAAAACGAAAUCUCACAAAGCUCGGAAUCGGAAGCAAAAUGUUCCCGCAAUUCGGCGCCACGGCGGAGACUCUGAGCAAGGCGUCAACGAUGGUGUUCCGGAUCGGAACCGACGCCCACCUCUACGACGAUCCGGAGGACGUCAACAUCGCCCCGCUCCUCGACAGCAAGUUCGACUCCGAGAAAUGCGAGGCCCUCAAGCGGUUGCUCGCUCUCAUCGCCCAGGGCUUCGACGUCUCCAAUUUCUUUCCCCAGGUUGUUAAAAACGUAGCGUCUCAUUCAUUGGACGUGAAGAAGCUUGUGUACUUGUACCUGCUGCAUUACGCUGAAAAGCGGCCAAAUGAAGCGUUGCUAUCUAUUAACUAUUUCCAGAAGGACUUGGGGGAUCCAAAUCCAUUGGUGAGGGGGUGGGCGCUUCGUACCAUGGCAGGAAUCCGGCUACAUGUAAUUGCAGCUCUUGUUUUGGUGGCUGUGGGAAAGUGUGCUAGAGAUCCUUCUGUUUAUGUUAGAAAAUCUGCAGCAAAUGCACUUCCGAAACUGUAUGAUUUGCGCCUAGAGGAACAUACCUCUGCAAUUGAGGAGAUUGUUGGGAUAUUGUUAAAUGACCAUUCCCCUGGAGUACUCGGAGCUGCAGCUGCUUCAUUUGCUUCUAUUUGUCCAAAUAAUUUUUCUCUGAUCGGACGAAAUUAUCAAAGGUUAUGUGAGAUUCUUCCUGACGUGGAGGAGUGGGGGCAAAUAGUCUUAAUUGGGAUCCUUUUGCGCUUUGUAAUAGCAAGGCAUGGGCUUGUUAAAGAGUCCCUAAUGUUUUCUUUGCACUGUACGGAGAGUUCCAAUUCUCAAAAUGAUGGUUCAGCUACCAAAGUUUCAGUAAAUGAAGACACUGGAUAUGUGAGUGGUAAUGACUUUGGAUUAGAUGAUCACAUGAGUGGGAAUAAUGACUCAGAAUUUGCUAAAAUGGUAUCCAGGUGUUAUAUUGAAGGACCGGAUGAAUACUUAUCUCGGUUAAGUUAUGCAAAUAGGGGUCCUUCUGAACUGAAUGUUUCACAAUUUACUUCCGGAAAAAGUAACAAUGAUGUGAAGAUCCUGCUGCAGUGUACGUCCCCAUUGUUAUGGAGCAAUAAUAGUGCAGUGGUACUUGCAGCUGCUGGUGUACAUUGGAUAAUGGCACCAAGGGAGGAUGUCAAAAGAAUUGUCAAACCACUCUUGUUUGUCCUGAGAUCAUCCAGUUCCUCGAAAUAUGUGGUACUCUGCAACAUUCAAGUCUUUGCCAAAGCAAUGCCUUCUCUCUUUGCUCCGUACUUUGAAGACUUCUUCAUAUGUUCUUCAGAUUCAUAUCAAAUAAAAGCUCUGAAGCUUGAGAUACUGUCCUCCAUUGCUACAGAUUCGUCCAUUUCAUUUAUUUUUAAAGAGUUUCAGGAUUAUAUUAGAGAUCCAGACAGGAGAUUUGCUGCUGAUACUGUUGCUGCAAUUGGUUUAUGUGCACAACGACUUCCAAAAAGGGCAAACACAUGCUUGGAAGGGCUGUUGGCUCUGACUAGACAGGAAUUUGUGUCUGGUGACUCUGGAUCUGUGGAGGGAGAAGCAGAUAUUUUGAUUCAAGUAAUAAUGUCCAUUAAGUCAAUCAUAAAGCAAGAUCCAUGCAGUCAUGAGAAGGUUAUAAUCCAGUUGAUUCGUCAUUUGGAUUCAUUCAAGGUACCUGCAGCCCGUGCAAUGAUUAUUUGGAUGGUAGGGGAGUAUUGCUCUUUAGGGGAUACAAUACCAAGGAUGUUAACCACAGUACUUAAGUAUCUUGCUUCGCACUUUACUGCAGAAGCAUUGGAAACAAAGCUUCAGAUACUAAAUUCUAUUGUGAAGGUCUUAUUAUGUGCAGAAGGGGAAGAUAUGUGGAGCUUCAAAAGAGUUCUAAGUUAUGUGCUUGAACUGGCUGAGUGUGACUUGAACUACGAUGUUCGUGACCGUGCACGUUUUAUAAAGAAAAUUUUGUCAUGCAAUUUAGGUUCUCAAGGACCGGAGAAAGAAAUAAAUAGUCUACCUCAAAAUAAGGAGCCAUCACAUGUACUUGCAGAACACAUAUUUGUAGGACAGAUGAAACCAGUGUCACCUGAACCCAUGAACUAUCGAUUUUAUCUUCCUGGUUCUCUUUCACAGAUAGUUCUCCAUGCAGCUCCAGGGUAUGAACCCCUUCCAAAGCCGCGUAGUUUGUUACUUGAUGACUUUGACCUCUCAAAUGUGGAUAAAGGAUCAAAUACCUUAGAGAGAGCCAUAAAUAGUGAAUCCUAUGACACAGAUGAUCCUGACGCAGUAUCUGGGUCUUUGGAUCAGGAAAGUGCUUCUGAUUAUAAUUCUGAACAUUCUAUUACUGGCUCGAGUGUUAGUGGUGGCAGUGAUGAGACUGGUUCUGUAAAUGAAGGUGAUGGCAAUGAUGAUCCACUUAUUCAGAUUUCAGAUGUUGGCAAUGCUUGUGAAAAUCAGGAUGGAGUUUCUCAGUCCGGGUCUGCUGAUUUUGGGGAAUUGAUAUCAAAGAGAGGUCUUGAAUCCUGGUUGAAUGACCAGCCUGGUUUAUCCAAUAUGAGUACAUCUGGACAAAGUCAAGUUUGCAGAUCUACAGCAAGAAUCUCCAUCAGGGAUAUUGGGCAGCGAGUUAAAACGAAGAGCUACACACUCUUAGAUCCUGCAAAUGGAAACGGCUUGAAGGUGGAUUUUUCGUUUUCAUCUGAAGUUUCAACCGUAUCCCUUCAUCUUGUAUGUGUAGAAGUUUUCUUCAAAAAUUGUUCUUCGGAUCUCAUGUCAGAUAUAUUUUUAGAAGAUGAGGAUUCUUGCAAAGGCUCCAAUUCUGCAGAUCAAACAUUGGUUGCUACUGACAGCUUUUUGACAUCCCACAAUGAUGGACCAAUUAUGGUUUCUAUGGAAGAGAUCGCUUCUCUGGAACCUGGUCAGACAGCAAAGAGGAUUAUCCAGGUUCGCUUCCAUCAUCAUCUACUGCCUCUGAAGCUGGCCUUAUUUUGUAAUGGCAAGAAGCUUCCUGUUAAGUUGCGGCCAGACAUUGGAUACUUUGUAAGACCACUUACAAUGGAUAUUCAAGCCUUCACUAAUAAGGAAUCUCGUCUCCGAGGAAUGUUUGAAUACAUGAGGAGUUGCAUGUUCACUGACCACAUUGAGGAGCUAAACAAGGGCAAGGGUGAGAACCUAGCAACAAAAGACAACUUUCUUGUAAUCUGUGAGUGCCUAGCAUUGAAGAUGCUUGGCAAUGCAAAUCUUUUCCUUGUAUCAGUGGAUUUACCGGUUGCUGCCAACCUUGACGAUGCAUCAGGUAUACACCUACGGUUCAGCAGUGAGAUCUUGAGAAACUCAAUUCCCUGCUUGAUUACCAUUACUGUUGAAGGCAAAUGCUAUGAUCCAUUGGAAGUGUCCGUAAAAGUCAACUGUGAGGAAACGGUAUUUGGCUUAAAUCUGUUGAACAGAGUUGUGAAUUUCUUGGCUGAGUCCUCUAGUGUCCUCUCGUAACUGGUCGUAGUGGAAAAGAAAAUGUGGAACUGUUAACCAUCCAGUUUGGGAAGAAAAUAGGUGAAAACUGAAAGAAAUGGACUCAUUGCCUUAAAAUAUGUGGUAGAAUUCGUUAAUUUAUUGCAGUUUUCCAAACAUUCUUGAUCUUUUCUCCUUCUUCUUUUCUUCGUAGUUUCUGUAUAUAGGCAUAAGCAACUUUGAAUUUGUGUUGUCAUAUGAAAAGGCCUCUUGUUUUGUUCUUGUUAAGAGGCGUUUCUACUUGAUGCUCUUAUGGUAUUAUCCUAUUUUGAACUU